AUGUCUCAACUUCGUUCCUUGUCCCGACUGGGUAUUGCUCUCGGUGUAUCCGAUUUGAAGUGUUUACCAAUCUUUCUCGAGAGCUGCCCGAACUUGAAAUCCCUCACCCUGACAUUGGAUGAUUAUGAGGAAAUGCGUUCCGAGGAGAUGAAUCAAGUCAGUGAUUCAUCUGUUCCUGAGUGUUUGUUGUCGUCGCUCGAGUCUGUUCAUUUCGAUGCCCCAAUCUCAACAUUUGCUCUAGCGACGAAGUUGGUAAACUACUUCCUAGAGAAUUCUGCAAUCCUCAAGAAACUCACUCUACAUGUGAACCGUGACAAAGUUCCGGCAAGUGGAGAUAUACCAAAUAUCCAGCAACGGAUUCCAUUCCCGCCGCCGAAAUCACGAUCUGCAGUUCCGGCGAGUGAUUGCGUUCGGCCACAACACGGU